GCCGCCCCCGCCGCCAUGAGCUACGAGCGCCGUCAGGGCUGGAGCCGCGACGCCGGAGCCCGGGGGGCCGGGGGAGGGGGCGGCGGCGGCGGCGGCGGCGGCGGCCGGGGCGGGGGCCGCGGGAGGCAUCCCGGACAUCUGAAGGGCCGGGACAUCGGCCUGUGGUACGCCAAGAAGCAGGGCCAGAAGAGCCGAGAGGCCGAGAGGCAGGAGAGAGCCGUUGUGCGCAUGGAUGAACGUCGCGAAGAACAGAUUGUACAGCUCCUGAAUGCGGUCCAAACCAGAAAUGAUAAUGACACCCAGCCACCAAUAUCCUGGUUUUCCCCUGAAGACCAUGGGUAUGGUACAAAUGCUCCUGUCCAAAGCAAACCGACCUCAGAGAAGAAGCUUGGGGACCAAGAAAAGAAGUUUGUGGACCGAGAAAAGAAAGUCAUAGACCGAAGAAACCUGUUCACAGACCAGGGGAAGUCAUUCUUAGACCGGGAUUCUGAAUAUCUCUUGCAAGAAAAUGAGCCAGAUACCGAUUUAGACCAGCAACUUAAAGAUGACCUUCGGAGGAAGAAAUCUGAGCCCCGAUACAUUGAAAUGCAGAGAUUCCGGGAGAAGCUGCCUUCAUAUAGAAUGCAAAAGGAAUUGGUAAACUUGAUAAAUAAUAAUCAAGUUACUGUAAUAAGUGGUGAGACUGGUUGUGGGAAAACUACCCAAGUGACUCAGUUCAUUCUGGAUGACUACAUCGAGAGAGGAAAAGGGUCGGCCUGCAGGAUCGUGUGUACUCAGCCAAGGAGGAUCAGCGCUAUAUCGGUUGCAGAGAGAGUGGCAGCAGAAAGGGCAGAAUCUUGUGGUAAUGGCAACAGCACAGGAUAUCAAAUUCGUCUCCAGAGUCGGUUACCAAGGAAACAAGGCUCUAUUUUGUACUGUACAACAGGAAUCAUUCUACAGUGGCUCCAGUCAGACCCGCAAUUAUCCAGUGUUAGUCAUGUUGUACUUGAUGAAAUCCACGAAAGAAAUCUGCAGUCGGAUGUCUUAAUGACGGUUAUUAAAGAUCUCCUAGACUUUCGACCCGACCUGAAAGUAAUUCUGAUGAGUGCAACUUUGAAUGCUGAGAAGUUUUCAGAAUAUUUUGAUCACAGUCCAAUGAUACAUAUUCCUGGUUUUACUUUCCCUGUUGUUGAAUAUCUUUUGGAAGAUGUAAUUGAAAAAAUAAAGUACACUCCAGAAAGUACAGAUCGCAGGCCUCAGUUUAAAAGGGGUUUUAUGCAAGGGCAUAUAAGUAGGCCAGAGAAAGAAGAAAAAGAAGCCAUCUAUAAAGAGCGAUGGCCAGAUUAUGUAAGGCAGUUGCGAGGAAGGUAUUCGGCAAAUACCAUUGAUGUUUUGGAAACGAUAGAUGAUGAAAAGGUUGAUCUGAAUUUAAUAGCUGCACUUAUCCGACACAUUGUUUUAGAAGAGGAGGAUGGUGCUAUUCUGGUUUUUCUCCCAGGAUGGGACAACAUUAGCACUUUACAUGAUCUUUUGAUGUCACAGGUCAUGUUUAAAUCAGAUCGGUUCAUUAUCAUACCGUUGCAUUCAUUGAUGCCUACUGUUAACCAGACGCAGGUUUUCAAAAAAACCCCUCCUGGUGUUCGGAAAAUAGUAAUUGCUACCAAUAUUGCAGAGACUAGCAUUACUAUAGAUGAUGUAGUUCAUGUGAUUGAUGGAGGAAAAAUUAAAGAGACCCACUUCGAUACCCAGAACAACAUCAGCACGAUGGCAGCAGAAUGGGUUAGCAAAGCUAAUGCCAAGCAAAGAAAAGGCCGUGCAGGAAGAGUGCAACCAGGUCACUGCUAUCAUUUAUAUAAUGGUCUUAGAGCAAGCCUUCUGGAUGAUUAUCAGCUGCCAGAAAUUUUGAGAACUCCUUUGGAAGAGCUGUGUUUGCAAAUAAAGAUUUUAAGAUUGGGUGGAAUUGCUUAUUUUCUCAGCAGAUUAAUGGAUCCACCAUCUCGUGAAGCGGUGUUGUUAUCCAUAAACCAUCUAAUGGAACUGAAUGCUUUGGACAAGCAAGAGGAACUGACCCCUCUUGGAGUCCACUUGGCCCGAUUGCCCGUGGAGCCACAUAUCGGAAAAAUGAUACUCUUUGGAGCCCUCUUCUGUUGCUUAGAGCCGGUGCUCACCAUCGCAGCCAGCCUCAGCUUCAAAGACCCCUUCGUCAUUCCCUUGGGCAAGGAAAAAAUAGCAGAUGCAAGAAGAAAGGAAUUAUCCAAAAAUACGAAAAGUGAUCAUCUGACAGUUGUGAAUGCCUUUGAGGGAUGGGAAGAAGCCAGGCGCCGAGGCUUCCGAUAUGAAAAGGACUACUGCUGGGAGUAUUUUCUGUCCUCCAAUACCCUCCAGAUGCUGCAUAAUAUGAAAGGGCAGUUUGCUGAACAUCUACUUGCAGCUGGUUUUGUGAGCAGUAAAAAUCCCAAAGACCCCAAGUCAAAUAUAAAUUCAGAUAAUGAGAAGAUCAUUAAGGCUGUCAUCUGUGCUGGCUUGUAUCCUAAAGUUGCCAAAAUCCGGCCAAGUUUUAGCAAGAAAAGAAAAAUGGUGAAAGUCUGCACCAAAACAGACGGAACAGUCAACAUUCAUCCGAAAUCUGUUAAUGUGGAAGAAUUUCAGUUCCAUUAUAACUGGCUUAUUUAUCACCUCAAGAUGAGAACCAGUAGUAUCUACCUCUAUGACUGCACAGAGGUCUCUCCGUAUUGCCUCUUAUUCUUCGGUGGUGAUAUUUCCAUCCAGAAAGACAAGGAUCAGGACACGAUUGCUGUUGACGAGUGGAUUGUCUUUCAGUCUCCAGCAAGAAUCGCCCAUCUCGUUAAGGAAUUAAGGAAAGAACUAGAUGCCCUUCUCCAGGAAAAGAUUGAGAACCCACACCCAGUGGACUGGAAAGACACUCAGUCCAGAGACUGUGCUGUGCUGACAGCAAUUCUCGACUUGAUCAAAACCCAGGAGAACGAAACGGCCAGGAACUUUGCCCCCCGCUUCCAGGAUGACAGUUACAGUUGAUGACUCCCUGCUGAUGUACAACAAGAGAGCGUGGUAACAAUCUUCUGCUCCCACCCCCAUUUUGGGGUUGAGGAUGGACUAAAUACCAUGCAGAGUGGAGAAAUGUUCAGUAGGUAGAACUGAUGAUGUGCAUGAUGUCUAGUGUUAGUUGUAGCGCUUCAGUGUUCCACGGACUGCAGUCGCAUUUGAGCCAGUGCUUUCUGUAUUUUGCUGUUGUCUAAACUUUUGUGUUGCUGGUGAAGCAGAUUAGAUUAAUGUGUAUUGCUAAAAUUGUGCUUUCGCAGUUAGGAAUUAGUGAAGCCAUAGCCUUGUUCUGCACUGUCUUAUUUUUUACAGCCUUGCCAGAGAGAUGGUAAUUUAAUUGAAUGUGUGAGAGCACAUAAUUAAAUAAAGUGUACAGUGGAGUACUUAUCCCUCA